AAUUCUUUUUUGGAAAUACUGUAAGUGUGGAGACUCAGGUGAGCGUAACAGGACACCCUCUGGUGUGGAGACUCAGGUGAGCGUAACAGGACACCCUCUAACGAUCCCGAACUGAAGUUUUUUUUUUAUCUCUGUACAGGUACCUAUUCUAAAUUUUGCAACACCCUGUAACGUAUCACGAGAUGUCUGCCAUGUGACUCUUAUGAAACACCCGGAAAUUUUUCGUCAACACUUCAUUUUUACAGGAAUCGCCAGUGUGGAAACAUGAAUUUUUUUACUCUCCUCGCCAUCCCACUGCUGUGUCACGUGACUUGGGGAUGCUGUACCCCCAAACAAUGGAGCGGGAACAUGGGAUAUAUGGUCGGCACCAACAAAAAUGGAAAAGGAGGAUUAGAAGCUGGAAGCGAGAAAAUUUUCUAUGAUGCCAAAAACACCAAAAUUGCCUCCUUUUUUGAGGUUUAUUUGGAUGGUAAGCCAUACAAAGGACAAGUUGUGAUGGACUAUGAAAAAAGAGUUCAAUAUGUGGUAGUAGAUGGACGUUGCAACACCACACGACUGAGGGGCGAAUUUAAGGAAGCCUGCGUACCUAAGGGAAGCAAACCGCUGUCAGACACACACAUGGGCACCGCAGACGACAGCGUAGACAUCACUGUGUAUGAACGCUCUUUCAAAGCUGAAAAAACCAUGGGAAAUGCAUACUUCUCCAUUACCAACAAACUCUGUAUCCCUGUUGGAGAGACUAUCACUGGAUCGAGUAGAGGUGUUGGUUUCAUGGCCACAGUUGGAUUUACAGGAAUUGAACCUGGCAUCAAAGACCCCCGAGUCUUUGACAAACCAAGGGAGUGUAGCAGAUUUGUUGAGGAGAUUGACAUGGAUCCCUAUGAAAAGUUUGGGUUUGCGAACCACAAAAUGUCCAGCCUGUUUUAAAGAGCAAAAUUCCACCCAAACUGCACAAAGAGUCCCAGAAGAGCAGGCGUCUCGUGAAGAUUCUGUCAUAAUAUAGACGUUUUUAGAUUAAUUUUGUAAGUCCGUGAAUCUCUGUAUGUUUGGACACGUGUAUAUAUAUUGCUUUGUAGAAAAACAUUCCAUGUAGUGUUAAUUUUUAGACAUGUUGUAGUUCUAAGAUCUGGCAUAUUUUGUAUUAAAAAUUAUUUUCUUGGCUGUACAUUUCUGUUUUAACUCUCCACAAGACUUCACAACCAAAUUUUGCACGAUAAAAACUUUCACUGUAACAUAUUAUUGCAUGACUGAUGUUACCAGAUCUUUUUACAAAAAUAAAUUUUUUUUCAGAUAAAA